AGAAGGAGCGAAACGUCUUUGAGCAAGAUGGGUCUCUACCGCAUCCGCGUGUCCACUGGGGCCUCGCUCUAUGCCGGUUCCAACAACCAGGUGCAGCUGUGGCUGGUCGGCCAGCACGGGGAGGCGGCGCUCGGGACGCGACUGUGGCCCGCACGGGGCAAGGAGACAGAACUCAAGGUGGAAGUACCGGAGUACCUGGGGCCGCUGCUGUUUGUGAAACUGCGCAAACGGCAUCUCCUUACGGACGACGCCUGGUUCUGCAACUGGAUCUCCGUGCAGGGCCCCGGAGCCGGGGACGAGGUCAGGUUCCCUUGUUACCGCUGGGUGGAGGGCAACGGCGUCCUGAGCCUGCCCGAAGGCACCGGCCGUACUGUGGGCGACGACCCUCAGGGCCUGUUCCAGAAACACCGGGAAGAGGAGCUGGAAGAGAGAAGGAAGUUGUACCGGUGGGGAAACUGGAAGGAUGGGUUAAUUCUGAAUGUGGCUGGGGCCAAACUAUGUGACCUCCCUGUGGAUGAGCGAUUUCUGGAAGACAAGAGAGUUGACUUUGAGGUUUCGCUGGCCAAGGGGCUGGCCGACCUCGCUAUCAAAGACUCUUUAAAUGUUCUGACUUGCUGGAAGGAUCUAGAUGACUUCAAUCGGAUUUUCUGGUGUGGCCAGAGCAAGCUGGCUGAGCGUGUGCGGGACUCCUGGAAGGAAGAUGCCUUAUUUGGGUACCAGUUUCUUAAUGGUGCCAACCCCGUGGUGCUGAGGCGCUCUGUUCACCUUCCUGCUCGCCUAGUGUUCCCUCCAGGCAUGGAGGAACUGCAGGCUCAGCUGGAGAAGGAGCUGGAGGGAGGCACAUUGUUUGAAGCUGACUUCUCCCUGCUGGAUGGGAUCAAGGCCAACGUCAUUCUCUGUAGCCAGCAGCACCUGGCUGCCCCUCUAGUCAUGCUGAAAUUGCAGCCUGAUGGGAAACUCUUGCCCAUGGUCAUCCAGCUCCAACUGCCUAGCACAGGAUCCCCGCCACCUCCACUUUUCUUGCCCACGGAUCCUCCAAUGGCCUGGCUUCUGGCCAAAUGCUGGGUGCGCAGCUCUGACUUCCAGCUCCAUGAGCUGCAGUCUCAUCUUCUGAGGGGACACUUGAUGGCUGAGGUCAUUGUUGUGGCCACCAUGAGGUGCCUGCCGUCCAUACAUCCUAUCUUCAAGCUUAUAAUUCCCCACCUGCGAUACACCCUGGAAAUUAACGUCCGGGCCAGGACUGGGCUGGUCUCUGACAUGGGAAUUUUCGACCAGAUAAUGAGCACUGGUGGGGGAGGUCAUGUGCAGCUGCUCAAGCAAGCUGGAGCCUUCCUAACCUACAGCUCCUUCUGUCCCCCUGAUGACUUGGCUGACCGGGGGCUCCUGGGAGUGAAGUCUUCCUUCUAUGCCCAAGAUGCACUGCGGCUCUGGGAAAUCAUCUAUCGGUAUGUGGAAGGAAUCGUGAGUCUCCACUAUAAGACAGACGUGGCUGUGAAAGAUGACCCAGAGCUGCAGACCUGGUGUCGAGAGAUCACGGAAAUCGGGCUGCAAGGGGCCCAGGACAGAGGGUUUCCUGUCUCUUUACAGUCUCGGGACCAGGUUUGCCACUUUGUCACCAUGUGUAUCUUCACCUGCACCGGCCAACACGCCUCUGUGCACCUGGGCCAGCUGGACUGGUACUCUUGGGUCCCUAAUGCACCCUGCACCAUGAGGCUGCCCCCGCCAACCACCAAGGAUGCAACGCUGGAGACAGUGAUGGCGACACUGCCCAACUUCCAUCAGGCUUCUCUCCAGAUGUCCAUCACUUGGCAGCUGGGCAGACGCCAGCCCGUUAUGGUGGCUGUGGGCCAGCAUGAGGAGGAGUAUUUUUCAGGCCCCGAGCCUAAGGCUGUGCUGAAGAAGUUCAGGGAGGAGCUGGCUGCCCUGGAUAAGGAAAUCGAGAUCCGGAAUGCAAAGCUGGACAUGCCCUACGAGUACCUGCGGCCCAGCAUAGUGGAAAACAGUGUGGCCAUCUGAGCGUCGCCAGCCUUUGGUUAUUUCAGCCCCCAUCACCCAAGCCACAAGCUGACCCCUUCGUGGUUACAGUCCUACCCUCCCAAGCCCCACCCUCUUCCCAUGUCCCACCCUCCCUAAAGGGGCACCUUUUCAUGGUCUCUGCACCCAGUGAACACAUUUUACUCUAGAGGCAUCCCCUGGGACCUUACUCCUCUUAGCUUCCUUCCUCCCUCUCUUCCUCUUUCUUCAUUCAGAUCUAUACGGCAAAUAGCCACAAUUAUGUAAACCAUUUCAAGGCUAGAAUAGGGGGAUAAUACAUAUUACUGCACACCUUUUAUGAAUCAAAUAUGAUUUUUUUGUUCUUGUUAAGACAGAGUCUCACUUUGACACCCAGGCUGGAGUGCAGUGGACCCAUCACCAUGGCUCACUGCAGCCUCAGCCUCCUGGGCUCAAAUGAUCCUCCCACCUCAGCCUCCUGAGUAGCUGGGACUACAGGCUCAUGCCAUCAUGCCCAGCUAAUUUUUUUUUAUUUUUGUAGAGACGGGGCCUCACUAUGUUGCCUAGGCUGGAAGUAGGAUUUUGAACCCAAAUUGAGUUUAACAAUAAUAAAAAGUUGUUUUACACUAAAGAUGGAAAAGAACUAGGACUGAACUAUUUUAAAUAAAAUAUUGGCAAAAGAAUAUAGAGCAUCAAAAAAUUUUUCUGGGUUCAUAUGCUUGAUGUGGUAAAGAAUUAAAAAUUUUUAAUUUUUUUUUUUUUUUUUUGAGACGGAAUCUUGCUUUUGCGGCCCAGGCUGGAGUGCAGUGGUACGAUCUUGGCUCGCUGCAACCUUCACCUCCCAGGUUCAAACAAUUCUCCUGCCUCAGCCGCCCAAGUAGCUAGGAUUACAGGAGCCUGCCACCAUGCCCAACUAAUAUUUUGUAUUUUUAGUAGAGACGGGGUUUCACCAUGUUGGCCAGGCUGGUCUCGAACUCCUGACCUCAGGUGAUCUGCCCGCCUCGGCCUCCCAAAGUGCUGGGAUUAUAGGUGUGAGCCGCCCUGCCCGGCCUAAAAAUUUUUAAAAAUUAAAAAAAAAUUGUCUUCUAACUGUAUGGGAUUUAACUUGUGUCCUGAAGCCAGACACACUACAAAGGAAACCAUGAACAUAGUGAGUCCCAAGAAUGUUUGACUCUGAAGAUUUUCAUUUCAAGGCUCAAGCAGAAAAUACGAAACAAAAGUCAGCUGGUUGAAC